AUGUUUGACAUUUUAAACAUGGACUUUCAGACCUUCAUGAGGCUAGUCAUCAUUAUAGGAGGCUACGCCUUACUACGAGGCCAUUUACAGAAAUACCUAUCAAAUAGAGAGUUAAAGAGAAAAGCUAAUAUAGAUGAAAAGGAAAUUGCCAAAAAGCAACUUGAUGACCUGGUUGAAGAUCCAAACCAGCAGGUGGAAUCAAGUACAACAGCAUUUGGCUGGGGCGAGAAGACUAGGGAGCGGGUUCGGAAACAAGAGAAGAUACUACAAGAACAAAUAGAAAAAUUGAAGCAAAACCAAGGCAAUGAAGAUGAUGAUGAGGAUAUUGAGGAUCUUCUAGAGAAAUAG